GGGGUGCGGAGGAGAAUCUGUCCAAGAUACCCUCACAGCAGUUUGCAUAUCUGCUUUCCAAUCGAUUUUUUAAAAGUCGGGAAGCCAUAAUUUAAAUAAUUGGCCCGUUAUUAAAGAUGCUGGCCCGGCUCCUGUAAUUGGCCACUUGCAGCCCAAAGUCGCCGGGCCGGGGCACCAGGGCCCCACGGAGCUAUGCAACGAGCCAUCCCAGGACUUCGGCGAAGUUCUGGAGUUUGGCUCCCUAGAAACUACAUGUUCUAGCGUGCAUUGUAGGCAGUUCGGAAAGACCAUCAGGUUCUCGAGGCAGCCGCGGUAGUCUUCUUUAUUGUUGCGAGUCCUCUGAAGUCGGGGUCUCGUUCUAUUCAGCCUAAGAUGGCCGCGGCGAAGGCCGAGGUGGGUGUGGCUGUGGAGAAGAGGCCCCGCCCCUCCAGAAUGCUUCUCCAAGGCGUGUCCAUGGCGACAGCAGCAGCGGUGGCGGCGGCGGCGGCGGCGCUGCGAGCCUGUGGAGGCGCCGCCGCCGCCGGGGUCUCAGUGCUAGAAUCUACAAGUAUGGAGAAUGCUAUCUGCAAAACCAGUGAAUCAGAGGAUGACUAUGGCGAGGAAGAGGAAUCAGAGGAGGAAAAUGUUAAAAGGGUCACAGGCCCCUCUACUGCUCUGCAGCAGGACAGCACAGAGGCAGGUGGGAAUGCGGCCCCCAUUUCGGUUGUCAAAAAGUUUCAGAAGAAAACGGCAGCCCCUUCUGAACCAGAGGACCUAGAAGUUGGGAGGAAAAAGAGACGGCGGAAAAGAAGACUCUUGACUAUCAACCUGACCAACUGCAAGUAUGAAAGUGUUCGACGAGCUGCUCAACUCUGUGGCCUGAAGGAGGUGGGGGAGGACGAGGAAUGGACAGUGUACUGGACUGACUGUUCUGUCUCAUUGGAGCGUGUUAUGGACAUGAAGAGAUUUCAAAAAAUCAACCAUUUUCCAGGAAUGACAGAAAUCUGUCGUAAAGAUCUAUUGGCGCGAAAUCUCAACCGCAUGCACAAGCUUUAUCCUUCCGAGUAUAACAUUUUCCCCCGGACCUGGUGCCUCCCUGCAGACUAUGGGGACUUUCAGAACCAUGGACGUCAGCGGAAAACUCGUACUUACAUCUGUAAGCCAGACAGUGGCUGCCAGGGAAGAGGCAUCUUUAUCACUCGGAAUCCUCGGGAGAUCAAGCCAGGAGAGCACAUGAUCUGUCAGCAGUACAUAUCCAAGCCCUUCCUCAUUGAUGGCUUCAAGUUUGAUAUGAGAAUCUAUGUCCUGAUCACAUCCUGUGACCCGCUUCGUGUCUUCAUGUAUGAAGAAGGUUUAGCCCGCUUUGCUACUAUGCCUUACAUGGAACCAAGCAUCAGCAAUCUGGAUGAUGUCUGCAUGCACCUGACUAACUAUGCCAUCAACAAGCACAAUGAGAAUUUUGUCCGAGAUGAGACAAUAGGCAGCAAGAGGAAGCUGUCAACACUCAACACCUGGCUGAGGGACCACAACUACGAGCCAAGAGAACUGUGGGGGGACAUCGAGGACAUCAUCAUCAAGACCAUCAUCUCCGCUCAUUCCGUCCUUCGACACAACUACCGAACCUGCUUUCCACAGUAUUUGGGGAGUGGCACUUGUGCCUGCUUUGAGAUCCUUGGCUUCGACAUUUUACUGGACCACAAGCUGAAGCCCUGGCUGCUAGAGGUCAAUCACUCUCCGAGCUUCACCACAGACUCAAGCCUCGACCGGGAAGUGAAGGAUGCACUUCUUGGUGAUGCCAUGAAUCUUAUCAACCUCCGAGGCUGUGACAAGAGGAAGGUGCUAGAAGAAGAUAAGCGGAGGGUGAAGGAGAGGCUUUUCCAGUGUCAUCAGCAACCACGAGAAACCCGGCGAGAACAAAUGGAGUCAUCAAAUGCAGCAAUGCUGGACCAGGAGAAGUAUGAGAACUCCCACCUAGGUGGUUACCGGCGUAUCUACCCUGGGCCAGAUUCUGAAAAAUAUGCACCCUUUUUCAAGCACAAUGGCUCGCUUUUCCAGGAGACUGCUGCCUCCAAAGCAAGGGAAGAAUGUGCCAGGCAGCAACUGGAGGAGAUCCGUCUGAAGCAGGAACAGCUUGAGGCCACAGGCAACAACAAAAGGAGAAAAGAAAAUAAGGAUGUAAAUCAGGGAGAAUCAGCUGGAGAGAAGAAUAGGUCCAGGGUAGGGCCCAAAGGCCUGCCCACUCGCUUGAACUACAUAAGGUCCAGGAACCAAGAAAAGCAGCUUCCAGCAGUACAAGUGGACACUAUGCAGCCUCAAGAAAUUGUGGAGGAGGAGGAAUUGGAACGGUUGAAGUCCCUUCUUCAAAGGGAGAAUCUUAUUCGUAGUCUGGGUAUUGUAGAUCAGCUAACUCGUAUGCUGCACCCCACUCAACGACCCCAGAACAAAUUCCCUACAAAUCGGGCUAGAUUUCACCAGGAUGGACUUGGCAAUCGAGAUGUGCAGUCUGUGAAUCUCGUCCCUUUGUCCCUUAUAAGAGAAAAUUCCGUCCAAGAACUGGGCCCUAACUUCAUACAACCAGUCCGGACUCACACAUUCAUCCCCAACAUCUUGGGUCCACUGUCAAACAUGAGAACAACCAUCCCCCACCCUUCCCACUGCCAGCUGCAGCCCAAGAACCUCAACUGGUUAGGUACCUCUUCUGCAGGAAGUAGUUCCUGCUCACUGACAAUGAAGAAGUCAGGCAGACGUUAUUUUUCCAGUACUCGAGGCAACAAGCAUGAUGGCCGGUCCCGUAUUUUUAUUUUAGAGGGCCAAACUAACAGGAGGUUAGAAGCCAUGAACCGGGCACUGACAGGAUCAGUGCCGCCCUCCCUAGCCCCAAGGCAGGGCUACCUUCUGCACCCAGAGAGAGAAGCAAGUGACUCCUGGGCUGGCUGCAGCCUGCCCUCCAUGUCAGAAUCCAGGCACAGAGUCACGACCCGCGAGUUGACGCUGUGUCCCGCCUCUGCACCCCUUCUCCAGCACCCCAAUGCACUGGGUCUCCUCAACAUCAGCCACCACAGGUAAGAGCGGCUCGCCCACUCCAGGGGUCCGGGGCUUCCUUAACCAUCAGGCUGUCAUUUGGUAACAGUGCCGAGUCGUGAGGAACCGAGCAUCACCCAAACCCCCGGGUCCCGGGGAGGACGGGGCGCAGCAAGCCCAGAAAAGCGGCCGGGGAAGCAGUGCGGGCCUCCAGACUCAGACCCGCUCUGUCCCCCAGGUGAUGGACCUGAGCCCAGGGCCGGAAGAAUGAACCUACUGGUCCCUGGAUAUCGGAGAGCAGAGGUAACAUCUGAGCCGAAAGAGAGCAGGAGACUACUCCCUGGGCCUGACCUGGGCCCUGAGCCUAGCGACGAAGCCGGGUCCUCAGACCUAGCCGAGCAGAGUCCGGUGACCUGCCGUGGGCUGCCGGCGCUCAGGAGGACGUCGCCGUGCUGCGUGUGACGUGAGGUCUGGCGUCCGUGCAUGCGUGCGUGGGCCGGGGAGGAGCGUGCUGCCUCUCCACCGCCGCUCUUACCCUACGGGACCGCUCGAGAGCAACAGCUGCGGCUGGGGCCGGGACUGAGCUCUUAGCAAUUGUAUCCGUCUUUUUAUUAAAAUUUUAUAGCGUUUCUC